CACCACCGCCGGGGUUAAUUCAAGUGUCAAAAGAACAGAGCUUAAAGACAUUAACUAGGUGAAAGCCAUCUGUCAGCCGCGGCGGGGCUGCUGGGGACGGGGACAUGUGGACGGUACGUCCGUGGCCCUUUAAGAAACUCCAUGUUUUCGCUACAUGAUGCGUCAACACAAAAAGCGGAUGAUGCUGUUAUGUAAAAACACGCCGAAGUGAGCCGUAGUUUGCAGGAGCACGGAUGGCCGCGGUGCACGUCUCUCCUUCGUCUAAUUCGCCGUCGUAGUUUGAAGCGGACCGAGGGGGGCGAUUUUUACGCGUAGCGCGCGGAGCGGCGCAGUUUGGAGCGGAGAGAGAAAGAGAGGCUUCAGCCCGAUCAACUCAACAUGAGUCGCCCUCCACACUGUUUUCCUCCUUCACUUGCGGGAAGCGUACACCUGACGCAUCUCUCUCUCGCCCUGUGCAACUGAUCAUCUUUUUCCUCCUUUUUUUUUCUUUUCUUUUUGGACAAAAACCACCCCCUCACUUCACCUUAUUUUCCACUCUACGAAGCGAGAGUGCACGGACCCGGGUGAUGACCCCUGAGGAUGCUCACUAAAAGCCCUGUCUGAGCUGAAACCCACUACUGCAGGACCCUGUGGAUGAAGAGGCUUUGGUGGAUCUGCCCGGGGACACUGAGACCAUGGUGAAAGCUCAGCGGAGCCACCCAGUAAAAUGCGGGAAGCCCCAGAAGGAGGAGAGAAGCAAGGAAAAGGGGGAUGGUUUGAAGAAAAGGAAAGGCGGAAAGAAUGAGUUGAGAGGAAAGAAAAAGAGAGUCAAGAAAGACCUGCAUCGACACAGGAGGAAGACACUGGGAAUGGGCGACGGAGAUGCGCUGGACUGUUGCGUCCUACUCACCCGCCUGGAAGAGAAAGGAGUUGUGGGUAAAGACAAGAAUGCAGUGAAGGCUGGGAAGCAAAACAGGGUUAAAGUGAAAAAGAAGCUGUGCUCUGUUGAAAAAAUGACCAAAUCUGGACUCAAGAAAACUUCCACAGCCACUCAGCGAGCACUGGAACCAAAAACCAACCGAUCUGACGCCUUCCUCGUGCUGCCCACAUCCGUCUUUGAGCCCCGCAGGAGGAGGAUGGCCUCUCUUAACGCUGAGGCUGUCAACAGCUUGCUGCUCUACAAAGAGGAUUCCCUCACGGCAAACGUCACAAAGAAAUGGCAGCCUUCCUGUGAAGAUCCAGCUAAGGAUCUCACUAAACCUGAGCACAGAGGUCAUAAAACCAAAAAGGCCCCUGCGGGAGGGAAAGCGGUCCAAAAAGAAGGCCGGAAAAAACAGAAGCGGUCGGCAGCUCAGGCUGAGAGCAUUGACUGGUUGAGUUUGUUUGCACCAACCCCUCGGCGUCAGGCGGGCCUCACUGCUGCAACCCUGCUCAAACUCACCAGCGCUCCGUAUGGAACGAAAAGGCAAAGGAAGACAGAGUCCCAGCGUGAGAGUGGAGGAGAAGCAGCAGCGGCUGUGACUCAGGAGGGCACUAGCGAUAAGGCUUUGUGUAAAGGAUCGCCUCAGACCAAGAGAAGAGCGCAACCUAAACAUGAGGAGCAACUAAAGCACAGAAAACCGGGCACAGAAGAUCCUGUCCAUUCCCAGCUGAGCUCCACUGCCCAGGGCUGCUGCAGUCUGUGCAAGUCGGGAGAGUUGGAUCCAGAGUGGAAAGGUGCCACAGCGGGGCAGGAGUGUCCCAAACAUUCCCUCCAUUGUGACUCCUCUCUGGGAUUCUCCUUAAAAUCAAUCAAAGAGGAGCCAGUGGAGACGGAGGUGUCCUCCUGCUACUGCUGCUCCCAAGAGAGAUGUGUGGAGUACUGUCACAGACUGGCCCUCUUCCUAGAGGACAAGACCUUCAAGGAACCGGAGGAUGUCUCACUGUCCGAGGUGUUCCACCACCACCACCAUCACCAUCACCACCAUCACCACCACCAUGUUCAGUCGCCCCAUUCUGUAGCCCACCCGGCAGCCAUAACCAUCAGCCCGCACACAUACACCUGCUUCCCGAGCUACUACGUCCACUUCAGCCACCCAGACAACUCCACCACUCCCAUAGCGCCCCUCACGUUAUGCCCAAGGAGUGGCAAGAGGCCCAAGCUUCUGCCCAGCACAGGUCCACAACCCUCAGGGAUUAGCCAUCCAGUGUACUGUUGCACCUCAGUGGAAGCGUGCUACGGAGAGCCCUGCAGGAUAAAUGGCUACUCUGCUUACACCAGUGUGAUUCCAGCCAUCGCCAGAGGGGGGUGCUCCUUCUGCCCCACGGACUGCACCAAAUGUAACCACAGCAUGAAAAGGGACGACUACCCAUCAACCCUCAACGACCACCACAGUCCCUCCUCCAUCCCUGUUUGUCCCAGCCCCAGAAUCGUCACUGGCUGCCCCGUUCCCAACGUGCCUCCGGCCGGCCAAUCGGUGCCCCACACCCAGACUCCGCUGUCCGACCCCAGCCAACCACAGCCUCUGCUGCAGGUGGCGAAGGAGUGUCCACAGAGUGCCAAGCCGCCCAGCGGGUCAAGGUCUGGCGCACGUGGCACCGGCAUCAGCUCGGCUGUCUGCCCUCUCAGCAGGGACAAGAAACAGAAGCUCGGCAUUGCCAGCAUCGGAGCGCAAACCGUUGCCAAGCAGCCGAAAAAUGUCCGCCAAAAAUCCACCAACGGCUGGAGGCCAGUUGGCCUGCCCUUUGAGAAGGAGGUUUUCUCUGUGGGAGAGGAAGCUCCGGUGCUGAGGAAGUGUUUUGAGGGAGUCCAUAGGGACGGGGAGCUGAUUCGGGUCAGGGACACUGUUCUGCUGAAGUCUGGACCUAGAAAAAAGUCUCUGCCUUACGUGGCCAAGGUCUCAGCUUUGUGGGAAGAGCCAGAUACGGGAGAGUUGAUGAUGAGUUUGUUUUGGUACUACCGUCCAGAACACACGCAGGGCCGCCAAAACCACAGCACACAUUGUGAGAAUGAGAUCUUUGCAUCUCGUCACCAGGAUGUAAACAGUGUGGCCUGUAUUGAAGACAAAUGCUAUGUCCUAACAUUGGCACAGUAUUGUCGAUUUUGUGCCUUGGUAAAACGCCGUAGGGAGGGCGUAAGCGACAGCGCCGCCUCCCUUGUGGUGCCACCUAUUGUUGGCAACGCCAUGCCCACCCACCACUGUGUGCCCGAUGACGUCGACCCAGAGCUGGUGUUUUUCUGUCGACACGUCUACGACUUUCGCUACGGACGCCUCCUCAAAAACCUGCAGUAGUAUCUGACAGGCCGUGACACAUUAUUAUGCUACAGGAUGUGAGAUAUGUUAUCCUGGAUUCAUCAUCCACCAAUAUUGAUUAGCUUCCCGCCGCCUCUGUGAGAGAGGACCUGGAGUCUAGGGUGAAGGAUUGAGAGCUUAUUUUGAUUUGAAAUCUGUCGUUCACACUCACAUGCCAUACAUUUAUCGAGUAAAGGUAACAGUAAACGGUCUUUAUCAUACGUGGCUCUCUGCCGUUGUCGCAGCUAUGUGAAGAACCUGGAACGUACUCUGCUGUAGAAAAUGCUACUGUAGCUCUUAGAAAUGUGACAUUUGAUAGUUUGGCAGAGAAGCCAACAUAUGUACUUCUACAAUCCACCUUGCAGAUAUCAGAUACACUGAUAGGACAAUGAAAAUGUGAGGCAUGUUGUGCCACACCGAUCCUUGUGUAGAGAUGAGAAGCAAAGAAAUUUGUUAGUGGCCGAGGAGGGUUUUUUUGUUUUGUUUUGUUUUUUUUGUCCAUCUUCAGAGCACGACAUGCCACGACAAGUUUUACUGAAAACCCCUUAAACACAAAUCUGUGUUCGGGCACUGUUAGAUGCAGUUAGACAUUUUGGGAAACGUGCUUGGUUGUUUAUUUGCAGAGCAUUGAAUGAUAAGAUUAAAAAAAAAAAAGUCUGUACAGUUAGUGUGACGCUACCGCCAGCUAAUCAGCAUAGCUUAGCAUAAGAGGUCAUAUCCAGGCUUUGUGCUAAACUAAGCUAAGUUAACUGUUGACACAUCCUAUGUUUUUCCUAAUCCCUAUAAAUAGAUAUCUGCAUAUGAAUGCACUGAACCUGUAGGCAAUGGACAGGAUUUUGAUUUAUGUUUAUUAAUCAUAUUGGCGGUUGAGCGGGUUGAACCGUUGACGAAAAAGCAAACUCCCUACAUUUGUCAAUCAAAUACAUUCAACUUAACUCGGUUAAAAUCUUCCCUUCGUAAACAUCGUCUCUCAACUCCCAAGUCUGUUCUAAGGUCUGUCUAAGGUUGCCGUAAGGACUGUGAACAAACGACCGGUGCAUGGAGCACAAAGUCUUGGCCCAGAUAUCUGCUGUUUUCCAGACGUUAGCUCGCUUCACAAAAAGCCCUGAAGCACUCGCCGUUGCUUCCAGAUGCUUAGUCUUCAGACAUUAGUCAAUGAGUUCCCAUUUUGUAUACUUACAGAAGUGGUAUCAAUGUUCCUCUCUUGGAAAGCAACAAGCACAUUUCCCAAAUAUUCAACUUUUCCUUUCAUCCAUAUAAUCCAUGUAGUCGUGAUUGGUCUGGAGGUUUCUGUGGUAGACCCCAAGCAUAGAGUAGCUGUGAGGACAGUUCUUGAUAACAAGGUGUGAUUAAAUCCAGUGAACUUUAUUACUUCUGAUCAAGUAUAGUCAUGGCAAACAAUGAGGGAGAACUUAUUGGCUUCAUCUCUCAUGACUUUUCUAUAUUCAGUGAUGAUUAUCACACUGUAGGACAGACCUGCACUCUACAAAGAAAGCACAGUUUAGUCAUUUUGGUUCCGCAGUGUCAAUAUGUCCAAUGAGCCUAGCAUUGAGGGGAGUUUUGUUAUGCCAAUUUUGAGGAAUAUUUUAUUUUGUCAAAGCUGUUUGCCAGAGGUAUGAUUUGACUCCGGUCUCAGCUAACUGUACAUUUGCAUUUAAAUAUCUGGAUGAGUAUCUGUUUAUGGCAGAUGGCAUCAGUUAGUCACCUAUAUUCUUGUUUCUUCACUGAUGAGCUGGUGAGUAAUGUAUUCAGUGUAGCAUUUAGAUCUGUGAUGAUGAUUCGUUCCUACGUUUGAGAAAAGAUAUGUAUUUAUUUCUGUACUGAGAAAAUCUAAUUUAUUUUCAAAUGCUAAUUUUAAAGAAUAGAGAUUUAGAUGAGUGGCUUUCAUUCCUGAUUAGGAAGAUUCCUUCUCAGCCGCACUGUCUAAGAUGAAAAGUGUGAGUCAUUUGCGGUAGUAUUUCUGUGUUUGAGUUUGCUUACCCAAUACAAGCCUAUUAACUGUCGUGUUGAGACGCUGAAUUAAGCAGAUUGGAGGACACGCGUGGAGUAUUUGGAAGGAUCUUAGAUACAUUUUGAAGGACGUGUGCUUGAAGAUGUGACCAGUAAUGCUUAACCUGAAGGACCAAAAUGUACCUUGGCCUCACCCAGCUUCCCGUCAUUCUCCUUUCUUCUCCUCAGACGAUAAAGCUUUGCCUCGUCACCUUUAAAUGCCGAAUGCUUCGAUGUUUACCGUACCUUACCAUUAGCCUGUGCCCUUGAUCUUGCUGCCUUAUAGAACAUUCCCAGCCUUUCAUUUAGAAACGCGUACUGAUCCCAGUCUGGGGCUGUGAAUCUUGUAAGCGAGCUGACCUUGAUUCCUAAACGCUUGAGAUGCAUUUCAGUGUGAUCUUAAUAUGACCUGAACACUUUGAGUUUGACAGGUUUGAGUUAUAUAAGAGAUUUGUAGAAUCAAGACACACAACAAGCGAAGACUGUUGAAAGGAUAGAUUGAUGUUUUGUGUAAUGCAGUGCUUUGCAUCUUUGCAGAGCGUUACAUGAGAGGGUUCAUACCGAUCUGACAUCAGUAUGCUAAAUGUAACAGCUAGUUAGCUUAGCUUAGCUCAGCAUAAAAUUUGAAGCAGCAUGAAAUAGGAAAGGGGAAUGAAAUCCACCUCUAAUAAUCACAAAAAAAAUACUUAUAUUUUGUUGUUUAAUCUAUAAAAAUCUAUGUUAGCUUGAAGAUGAGCUAAGCAUAUAGCGUCACACUUGACACACAUAUAUUGAAUAUCCUCUCAUGUAAUUGUCCAGAAAGAAAUGUUUAUGCUGUCUUCAAAUGGAGAUCAUGACACGGGAAGUCGUGUUCAAGUAACGUCAGCCAUAGUUCUUGAGAACACUGAUGCUUCGCCGAUGUUAACCCGUGUAAGCCACCAAGCCUAACAGUUUAGCAUUUUAGCCAAACAAAGUUCUAAUAUCAACAUUUUUUCUGCAAAUCUCCAUACAAAUGAAUUACACAAUAUUGACUUGCUAGCCAACUCCGUCAUUUUUAACAACAGCAAAAAAGUUCCAAUUUGUGAACUGUGACCCCCAAACUUUCGUUCAUGUGGCCUUUUGUCAUUAACACGGGAGACCCCAUUUGAAGGCAGCAGCAUUCCCAAAAUGUCAAUCACAUCCUUUUAGUUUAUAGUUUUAUCCUGGAAUAACAGAAACUGUGGUUAUCUUAAUUUAUGUCCGUUGCAAUGAAUAUGACUUGCAACAAGUUUUCACAAAAUGUCAAGGGAAACUUUUGUGAACCACUUAAUCAUAAUCCAGCUCUCUGCUGUCAGUCUGAAUGUUCAUUAUGUUCCAGACAAUAUACAGAUAAAGACUCGGCUCCUUAGUUAUCUUAGCGUAACACGACAGUACGAGUCUAGGAUUUGGGGGAGAAAUUCUGACUGAUGAAACCUACUUAGAAUAACAGAACAACAUAUAGUGUAGGUGUUUAAAUACCACUGAAAUGUCAUGAGCUGACCACAGCCACUGUUUUACAUGAAGACGGAAACUACAUACUAUUUACACCCACAGGGGAGCGGUAUUUGAUAGUCAAAAGAUAGAUUUUGGGUGUAGUGUCACUUAAAAAAAGCCCACAUCCGUCUACUUCUGCUCAACUCCCCUCAGUAAAGUCAAUUAAUUUUGUGUGUUCAUUCAGAAAAUAUAGUUUGAUUAAUGAAUAUUUGACUUCUACAAGCUAAAAAGGAAAGAACAUGCCCUGCCAUUUCAAUCUGCAUGUUUCUGUAAGACAAACAUCUUGAUCUAAAAGGUGGCAACGUGUAUUAACUGACUGAAAUAUUUUCUUAAAUAAUCACAGUUGGCAUAUAUGUAGUAAAUUCAACAUGCUGUAGCAAAACUAUAAAAAGAAGAUUUGGUUUGAUUUGCAGUUUAAAGUCCCCCCUCUGGAGAAGCGCACACAGUACAUAUCAUGGCCUUAGGAAUCACUCAGAAAACUAAUUAUGUUUAAUCAAGGUGUGUGAUACUUAUGUCUUAAUUGGUCCUCCGUGCCUGUUCCCCAUUAACCCAUUUAUAUUCCAAGAGUUCUCCGCGCUGAGAAGUAGCUCCUGUCGUUUUUUUCCGUACCUUCCAAAUGCCUUUCAUUUUUGUCAGAUAAGGUCUGAUCUUUAAUCACCACAAAGAAAUGUUUGCACCAAAAAGAGAGACGGAGAGGGAAGGAGGGUGUUGAAAAAUGAAUUUAGUUUCAUUCCCAGGUGUCCAAAAACCUGAACUUUGGUUCUUCUUUUGUGAGUUUAUGUUCAUAUUCUUUGCAUGGCUUUUUUGGAAAUAUUAAUCACAGCACAGAUUAUUUGUAUGGUUUCAAAUGAACCUCUGUAAUAUAAGAAAAGUAUUUAAUUGUAAUAAAUAAUAUAUGAGUUUGAAAA